AUUAACGACUUUAAAAUUCAUUAUACGGAUGAAAAAAAGGACGCCAUUGCCAUCGAUAAUGAUUUUGAUUUGCGAGAAGCUAUAAAACACAUUAAGUCCCAUUCUAAGGAAGAUUCUCGCCUUGUUAUCCGGUUAAUCUUGGAAGUAGCAUCCUUUUCUACCAAUCAAGAAUUUCCUAAUUUAUCUAAUUAUAGUAAUCCUGAUACUAAUCCAAGCGUAGCGCAGAAUUUUGUCACCCAACCCAGCAAUAUGACAGAAGUUAGUAAAUAUAAGAGUACCCAUCGUCACGACGACAACCAUGCUUUCUUAUCCAUUCUCCACCCUCGCACUUCUUAUAAAUCCACAAAUUAUCAUAACGCAAUUUGUGAUUACUGUGAGUCAGUAAUCGUGGGCAGUCGUCAUAAAUGCAUCAAUUGUCCAGAUUUUGAUCUGUGUAACAAUUGCAUUGCUCUUGCACCAACCCAGCAUCCGGGUCACACUUUUAUACCGAUUCAUAGAACCGGUGAACUUGAAAUCAAACCUUCCAAUUCUAUAUUCCACCCUGGAAUCAGAUGUGAUGCUUGCGGAAAAGCAAUUCGUGGUGUUAGAUAUAAGUGUGGUAACUGCGUUGACUUUGAUCUAUGUGGAAAUUGCGAGGCAGAUCCCAUCAGCAAACAUGAUGAAAAUCACAUUUUCUUAAAAAUUAAGAAACCUGUGCUGAAACGACUUCGAGCAAAUAAACCAUUACUACAUCAUUUAUAUUCGGAGGUUGAUCAAAAAAUAAUCCAUGCUAAAUAUUUCAGACGAUCUCGAUCAAGAAAUAAUCAAAGUGAGAUGGAAUUUGUAUCAAGUCAAACCACAUCUAGUUCUGAUUCAUUGAGUUCAAACCAAUUAAAUUCUCUAACCAGUUCCCUUAAUGGUGGAGAUACUACUAGUGAAUCGGCUACCAGUCGGGCACCAAUCAGGCUGUAUAAUAGUUCUUCUUUGUCUAACUUUAAUAUAUCACCUCCUCCCGAAAGGCUUGCACAGGAGACAGUUGAGAUGGAAUUUGUAUCAAGUCAAACCGCAUCAGUUGUAUCUA